GCCACCACACGGUUGGCAUUUAUUUAUUUUAAGUUUGACAACAAAUUCUCAAGAAACACUCUUGUUAACAAGCCACUUCAAACUGAAGUUUGAUGCAUUGUUCGCCACAGUGUUCGCAUUGUUUUGUUACGAUGUCCGCGGGAACAACAAUGAGAUUGUGGUGGUAAUUAGUUGUUGCAUGUGGAACAGUUGUGUAGUUGGAAGUAGCUUAAGCGUGAGACGAAGCGUGAGUUGGACAUAUAGUGCGGUGGGGUGGGACACUUUUAGAACAUAAUAUCAAAAUAUCCUGAUCGUGUUUUAAACAAUUAACAACGGUCUAUGGGAGUCGUGAUGAUUCGUUAUGUUGUUGUUGUUUUUUUCUUCCAUCCUACUAUGAAGUGUUUCUAUACCAAGGAAAUAGUAUAUAUAAAAGUAUUGAUAUGUUCCUAAAAGCAAGCGGUUAGAAUUUAAAUAACACGAAAGGGUAUAUGUCAAAAAUAGCAGAUUUUAUAGUUUUAAGCAUUAAGUUAAAUAAAAAUGAUUUCUAUUUUAAAAGAGUAAAAUUUUGUAAGUAUGACUGGUCUAUUAUGCAAGGAAGGAUAUACAUGCGUACGAUAUCAUUUCGUGUUUUACGUGAUUCCUGUUUUUCUAUUUGGAAUUUGCCUUGUAUCCGGUCAAGAUUGCGGGGGUGACUUGCCGGAGCCAAGAGGAAUUAUUAAAACCCCGGGAUUCCCCACAGAAGAGAACCCAACGUCGACAUAUCCUUCUAAUACUGAUUGUUACUGGUUAAAGGAAGGGGGUCAAUACACACUAGUUCAAUUCAAAUUCUGGGCGCUUACCAUCGAGAACGGUCAGUCGAAUUCAAACGCAAGUUGCGAAUAUGAUUAUUUAAAUCUUACGAUAACAUCAGUGGGGUCGACUAUAUUUUGCGGGUUCUUCACGCCCACAGGUGAGAUACGUGGUUUCGGAUCCUUAUACGUCCAUUUUCAUUCAGACGACUCUGUCAACUACAGAGGGUUCACCGCAAGCUACCAAACUGUAGAAAACUUCAAUCCGUGUGAACCGAACCCGUGUAUCAACGAUGGCGAAUGCGAGAUUGGAAGUGGCAUUGACCGUGUGUGUAAAUGCAAGGCAGGAUUUCUUGGCGAAUACUGUGAAAUAGACAUCAAAGAAUGCGAUUCGGAUCCGUGUCAAAACGGGGGGACAUGCAGUGACGACAAAUCUCCGAAUCAUUACGCUUGUGAGUGUCCAAGACAAUGGGAUGGAACAAACUGCGAAGAAGAAAGAGGUUCGCCGUGUGAACCUAACCCGUGUCAAUAUGGCGGUACAUGUGAAAACGUUGAUUACUUAGCCAUAUGUACGUGCAAGCCUGGAUACGAUGGCGAAACUUGUGAAAUAAAAACCGGAUGUGGAAACCCUGGAAUUCCGUAUUUGGAUGAACACCGUAGAUUUGACACAGGAACGUCGCUCCAGUAUUCCUGUAUUGAGAAAUACGUUAUGGAAGGUAAACAGAACACGACCUGUCUAUCAAACGGAACUUGGUCUAACGAAAUACCAAACUGCAUAUUGAACGGAACACAAAACCAACAGUCAUCGGACGGGCUAACAUCAUGGAGUCGUGGCAUGAUCGUGCUUGGAUCAGUACUGACGGUGAAUAUAGCUGUAUUUGGGACCUGGAUGUGGUUCAAGAGUCCGUGGGCGAUUCUUGAGCGUUUGGGAAUUACUGGGGGUGGAUUAUUCCUUCAGCAGACACAUUCGAUAAACCCACCAAACCCUUCCAAUCAAGUAGAGCGUAUAAGAACUCUUAGCGUUUGUUCGAUCAACGAAACAUCAGAGCCGUCCCGUACCUAUUCACAUACAACUCCUGUUACAUGA